UUACACUUGAUCCUCUCACCAAACAAACAGUACAACUAUCGGAGCUUACUCGGAGCUCAGACAUACCUACCUACCUACAAGGCUACAUCAUCAUCAUAAUCAUCAUCAUCAUCAUCAUCAUCAUCAUCAAAUUGAAGAUGUUCACCAGAUCCAAGUUGCUUCAGUUCGUCCUCCUCUGGAUUCUGGUUCUAUUCGUAACCAUAGUUUUCAUUCUGACUCGAUUGAACGAUGCGGGAGUCUCGUCGGAGCACAGGGUCAUCAACAGUGAGGGAAAUAAAUCUGAGGACAAUUUAGAAGAAGUAACUCACAAGGGAAAUAAAUCUGAGGUCAAUUUAGAAGAAGUAACUCACAAGGUUUACUUUGAUGUGGAGAUUGGUGGAAAAACUACUGGUCGUAUUGUCAUGGGCCUCUUUGGAAAAACUGUCCCGAAGACUGUAGAAAACUUCCGAGCUCUUUGCACUGGGGAGAAAGGAACUGGAAAAGGUGGGAAGCCUCUCCAUUACAAAGGGAGCAAAUUCCAUAGGAUCAUUCCCAGUUUUAUGAUCCAGGGAGGUGAUUUUACUCUUGGUGAUGGGCGGGGUGGAGAAUCAAUCUAUGGUGACAACUUUGCCGAUGAGAAUUUUGAACUGAAGCACACUGGCCCUGGAGUAAUAUCCAUGGCAAAUGGAGGAGCAGACACCAACGGAUCACAAUUCUUCAUUACUACUGUGACAACUAGCUGGUUGGAUGGGCAUCAUGUUGUGUUUGGGAAAGUGCUUUCUGGGAUGGAUGUUGUCUCCAAGAUUGAAGCUGAGGGCAGACAGAGUGGGGAUCCCAGAAGCGAAGUUGUUAUUUCUGAUAGUGGUGAAUUACAUUCCUGAAUAUGCUGCCGCUUUUCAUAAAUUGUGUUAAGAAUUAUGAUUGUAAAUUACUGGUACCUCUCUCUCUUUCUCUCACACACACGCGCGCACACAAACGCAUGAAAUGCAUGCUCACGCAGCCUGUACGACACUAGUUUAUGUCUUAAGACAAAUGCACAUUUUUCUUUCACUUUCUUACGCACGGUACAGUGGUAGAGGCUACCAAUCAAAGAUUGAUAUUUGUUGGAUAGAAAUGCUGAUUGUUAUGUCAUCGACAAAACUACCUUUGCUGA